GCCAUAUAAGACGUUAGCCACUAACCACUGGUGUGACCCCCCCCCCCCCAUUCACAUCUACUUUUAGCAAACGGCGGAGUGAGCCAAGCGCACAAGACCCACGGACACCAGCGGCAAUGUCGAACCCGGAGGGCAGCAGACCGGCACUGGCAACGUGGUAUGACCGUAAAGAGUUUGUUAUGGUCGACUUCAACGUGGGAGAGAGCCGCGAUGUGAACGUGGAAUUCCAGGAUUACAAGAUCACAUUCAGCUGCGUGGCUGGUGAUGACAACAUCCGCUACUACAAUGAGAUCGAGCUUUAUGAGAAGCUCAUACACUUGGACUGUCGUUUCAAGGUCUUUGAUCGCCACAUUCACUGCACGCUGAGGAAGGCCAAAGGGGCCAUUGAUUGGUUACGUCUCACCAAGGACAAAGAAAAGCCCACCUGGCUGAGCACCGACUUCGACAACUGGCGGGACUGGCGGGAAGAGAAUGACGAGGGGAUGGCGCGCUACGUCGACUUCCAGAAGACGCUCAAAGAAAUAACGGACAAAAACAAGGUAGUUCCGACGAUGGAUGAUUUGGACGAUGAUGAUGAAGAUGUAUUAUCGACACAGGCUUCAGAUGAGUUCCCUGAUCUUCCAAAGUUGGAGUGAGACUGGGAUGAAAAGAAAUUUGAAAUCGAGGGGAGUUAGAAGUUGGUUGUGGGGAUUAGGCUAGAGGAAGUGGAAUGAGAACAAUGGAUUUUGUCCACGAUUCUAGCUGUGUGCUGAAGGCUGCACAGCGUUGUGUGAAGUCAAAAUAUAUCUCAGUGACAACUGGAAAGUAUAUAUUUCUGUGUUUUAGGUCCUGCUACAAAUAACGGUUGAAUAUGUUAACAUCCAAUAUGUAAAUAGAGUACGUUAAUAAAUUUAUACUUAAAAAUG